AUGGCAAAACGAAAGGCACAGGGCGCCCUAGAUGGCGCCGCCACUACAAAGUCAGAGGCAUUUAAAAAAGUCAAGUUCAAUGGCGCUGAGCAGGCUGCAAAAUCACGGCGAGCACCCAAGGCGAAGGCAUCUAAAGCCCCAGCGGCCGUAGAGGCCACACCUUUAACGACAAAGAGCGACGCGCCCAUAACGAUACAGAUCGUGGCAGGUUCUUACGACCGCAUCCUCCACGGUGUAACAGCCACCAUCCAUCCCUCUUCUUCUUCCUUCUCCCCAGAAGUCACUUUCGCCGACACUUUCCUCUUCAACGCACACACAUCUGCGAUCCGCUGCCUUGCCCUCUCGCCGCCCUCUGCACCGCUACCGGGCCAGUCCCAGAAGGUGAUGCUCGCGAGCGGCAGCACCGACGAGCGUAUCAACGUGUACAACCUCUCUGCGCACCCACCCCCCUCGCGUGCGGACCCGGACGCCGCGCUGCUUAGCAGCCUCGCGCGGCGGCCCAUCCUCGAGGACACGCGCAACCGCGAGCUGGGCACGCUGCUACACCACUCGUCGACCGUCACGCGGCUGGCGUUCCCGACGCGGUCCAAGCUGCUGAGCUCGUCCGAGGACUCCACCGUCGCCGUCACCAGGACGCGCGACUGGAGCCUGCUGAGCACCAUCAAGGCGCCCGUGCCCAAAGUCUUUGGCCGGCCGAGUGGCGACACAGCGCCGCUGGGGGGGACACCGAGCGGAGUGAACGACUUUGCCGUGCACCCGAGCAUGAAGGUCAUGAUCAGUGUGAGCAAGGGCGAGAGGUGCAUGCGGCUGUGGAAUCUGGUGACGGGAAAGAAGGCUGGUGUGUUGGACUUUGGGAGGGAUCUGAUGCAGGAGAUUGGGGAGCCGCGGCAUUCGUCGGGCGAGGGCAGGAAGGUGGUCUGGGGGAGCAGCGAGAGCGAGGGGGAUGAGUUUGCCGUCGGAUUCGACCGUGACGUGCUGGUGUUUGGCAUGGACAGCAAGCCUCGGUGUAGGGUGAUGCCCGACACCAGGACCAAGGUGCACGAGUUUGCGUACGUGAAGCUCGAUGCCGGGUCGGGGGCCUGCGUCCUCGCUGUGGCGACAGAGGAUGGAAGGAUUCUGUUCUUCUCCACUGCUCUGGAGGACCUGGACAAGAAGAAGAGUGACGAUAGCAAGGCAAGUCCGCCCCGUGCGAAGCUUCUGGCCCAGCUAGGAGGCAAGGAUGCAGGCGUGGCCGGCAGAGUCAAGGACUUCAAGAUCCUCCAGCCGGAGAGCACACCAGGAAUAUGGUACAUCAUCUCGGCCAGCAGCGACGGCAAAUUGAGGGCGUGGGCACUGCCGCGGGCGGACCUCAAGCCGGAGGAGAAGAAGAAGAGUGGCAAGGCGAAGGCUGCUGGGAAGCUGCUGGGCACGUACGAGACGCAGAACAGGAUCACUUGUGUGGAAGCAUUUGUCAUGAUACCCCGGCCGGAGGGCGUUGAAGAGAGCGACGUGGAACUUGAGGAACCGGAGGCCGAGUCUAGUGGUGAUAGCGAUGAUGAGUGA